CGGUUUGUAAUAGAUAUACGAUUUGCAUUAAGGUCUUGGAGGCAUGGGUUUGCAUUCUUGGAAAUUUAUUGGUAUCCUUCUUUCAGAGAUUUUCUUGUUUCAUGGAUUCUGUUACCCUCAUCCACAGAAAGCUUCACAAUUACAUUACACAUUUGUUCGCGAUGCAACUUCAGCACCAGUAGUCCUGUACUAUGACUACAUUAUCAUCGGUGGAGGAACUUCAGGGUGUCCGUUAGCUGCAACUCUAUCUAAGAAUGCAACUGUUCUAGUACUUGAAAGAGGAGGCUCCCCCUAUGGCAAUUCUAACAUAAGCAACAUUGGAAACUUCGUUGCCUCUCUUUCUGAUACGUCUCCCAAUUCCCCUUCCCAAGUCUUCAUCUCCGAGGAUGGAGUAUACAACACUCGUGCACGUGUUCUUGGGGGCGGAAGCUCACUGAACGCCGGAUUUUACACUCACGCUGGUUCUGAUUUUGUGAAGGAAGCUAGAUUGAGUGAAAAGUUGGCCAAUGCGUCUUAUAAAUGGGUUGAGAAGAAGAUUGCAUUCGAGCCAACAAUGUUGCAAUGGCAAUCAGCAGUGAGGGAUGGGUUGAUACAAGCAGGGGUGUCUCCUUACAAUGGGUUUACCUAUGAUCAUUUUUCUGGAACUAAAAUUGGAGGCACAAUCUUUGAUAGGGAUGGUCACAGGCACACUGCUGCCGAUCUGCUGGAGUACGCUGUGCCAAGAAAUAUUCUUGUUUAUUUACAUGCUACUGCACUCAAGAUCUUGUUUACAGGAAGAGGGAGACCAUGGCCAAGACCAAGAGCUUAUGGGGUGACAUUUGAAGAUAAGUUGGGCAUAAGGCACACGGCGCUCUUGACUAGGAACUGGUGGAGUGAGAUUAUCUUGUCAGCUGGUGCAAUAGGAAGCCCACAACUACUAAUGCUCAGCGGCAUUGGACCUGCUUAUCAUCUUCGAGCCCAUGGAAUUCCUGUCGUGUUCGACCAGCCCAUGGUGGGUCAAGGGAUGGCUGAUAACCCAAUGAAUCUUCUGUUUGUUCCUUCCCCUAUUCCCGUUGAGAUCUCACUGAUUCAAGUUGUGGGGAUCACUCAAUUUGGUAGCUUCAUCGAGACAGCAAGUGGUUUGACCUUCGGUUACUCUUGGGCUCAAGGAUUUAUUAGGGACUAUGAACUGUCCUUAAACAAGACAGGCCAGCAGUCCAUAUUGACCCCAGAAGCCAUGGCAAGGGCUGUUGAAACCGUGAAUUCCCUUGUGAAUGCAACACUAAAGGGUGGAGUUAUUCUAGAGAAGGUCAUGGGUCCACGCUCCACAGGCGAUCUGAAGCUCAAGACCACAAAUCCAUACGAUAACCCAACAGUGAAAUUCAACUACUUCAAAGAUCCAUUGGACUUGAAGAAGUGUGUCAAAGGAAUGAAAACCAUUAUCGACGUAAUAAACUCAAAAGCAUUUUCAAAAUUUCGUUACAGACACAUACCGGUGCAAACUCUGAUCAGCUUGAUGGCAAAUCUGCCAGUGAACUUGAGACCAAGACAUGUUACUACAGCAAUUUCCUUGGAACAAUUUUGCAUAGACACCGUCAUGACCAUAUGGCAUUAUCACGGAGGUUGCCAAAUUGGCAAGGUUAUUGAUCGUAAAUAUAGGGUUCGGGGUGUUAAUGGACUAAGGGUUAUUGAUGGCUCUACUUUUCUUCGCUCACCUGGGACUAAUCCUCAAGCUACUGUUAUGAUGCUUGGAAGAUACAUGGGGAGGAGGAUGACGCGCGAGAGAAUUUCUAACAGGAGGACAACGAUAAAUUAUUGACAGUCAAAGUGAUGUACUCUGGAUGUUACGUUGUAUAGUAUCAAAAUACAAGUGAAUUUCAUCGCUUCAACUGUUGGGUUA